UACUUCUGAGAAUCUCUCUUCCGUGGAUUUAAUAUAGGGCGCAAUUGGGAUGCACUAGCCUUCUUCGUCACUGCAGCUCCUGUGUGCUCUGCACUGUAGUUCAAACGGGGCAAUGGAAAUGAAUAUGAAGAAGUUCACAGUGCGUAGGUUCUUUUCAGUAUAUCUCCGCAAGAAGUCUCGGUCAAAGAGCUCAAGUUUAAGUAGAUUUGAGGAAGAAGGUAUAGUGAAGGAAAUAGACAUCAGUCAUCAUGUAAAGGAAGGUUUUGAAAAGGCGGAUCCUUCACAGUUUGAGUUGCUGAAAGUAUUAGGGCAAGGUUCCUACGGAAAGGUAUUUCUGGUGAGGAAGAUCAAAGGAUCUGAUGCUGGCCAGCUUUAUGCCAUGAAGGUACUUAAGAAAGCAACUCUGAAAGUUCGGGAUCGGGUACGAUCGAAAAUGGAGAGAGAUAUUUUGGCAGAAGUGAAUCAUCCUUUCAUAGUCAAGCUUCAUUAUGCAUUUCAAACAGAGGGAAAGUUGUAUCUAAUACUAGAUUUCCUGCGGGGAGGGGACCUUUUCACAAGACUCUCCAAAGAGGUAAUGUUUACAGAAGAGGAUGUCAAGUUCUACUUAGCUGAGCUGGCCUUGGCUUUAGACCACCUCCAUAGUCUUGGAAUUAUUUACAGGGAUCUAAAACCAGAAAACAUCCUCCUAGAUGAAGAGGGUCACAUUAAGAUUACAGAUUUUGGCCUGAGCAAGGAGGCCAUUGACCAUGACAAGAGAGCGUAUUCAUUCUGUGGGACAAUAGAGUACAUGGCCCCAGAGGUGGUCAACCGGCGAGGACACACGCAGAGUGCAGACUGGUGGUCCUUUGGUGUGCUAAUGUUUGAGAUGCUGACAGGGUCAUUACCAUUCCAGGGAAAAGACAGAAAGGAGACAAUGGCUCUCAUUCUCAAAGCCAAGCUAGGAAUGCCUCAGUUUUUGAGCAUAGAAGCCCAAAGUUUGCUGAGAGCCCUCUUCAAAAGGAACCCAUCCAACAGAUUAGGUGCUGGCCUCGAUGGAGUUGAAGAAAUUAAACGGCACCUGUUCUUUGUUACUAUAGACUGGAAUAAACUAUAUAGAAAAGAAAUCAAGCCACCUUUUAAACCAGCGGUGGGACGGCCAGAAGACACGUUUCAUUUUGACCCGGAGUUCACAUCACGGACCCCUACAGAUUCCCCUGGUGUUCCUCCCAGUGCCAAUGCUCAUCAUCUUUUUAGAGGAUUCAGCUUCAUUGCAUCCAGCUUGGUGCAAGAGCCUUCACAGCCAGAUUUGCACAAAAUCACAGUUCAUCCAAUUGUGCAGCAGUUACAUGGGAACAAUAUUCAUUUUACAGAUGGAUAUGAGAUCAAGGAGGACAUAGGUGUUGGCUCCUAUUCAGUAUGCAAGAGGUGUGUGCAUAAAGUAACAGAAGCAGAGUUUGCAGUGAAGAUAAUUGAUAAGAGCAAACGAGACCCCUCUGAAGAAAUUGAGAUUCUCUUGAGAUAUGGGCAGCAUCCAAACAUCAUUACUCUGAAAGAUGUGUAUGAUGAUGGGAAGUAUGUGUACCUGGUGAUGGAGCUAAUGCGAGGAGGAGAGCUCUUAGACCGAAUCCUUCAACAGAAGUGUUUCUCAGAACGAGAGGCUAGUGCUGUCCUUUGCACCAUUACUAAGACGGUGGACUAUCUGCAUUCCCAAGGGGUUGUGCAUCGAGAUCUGAAGCCCAGUAACAUUCUCUACAUGGAUGAGUCAGGAAACCCAGAUUCCAUUAGGAUCUGUGACUUCGGAUUUGCCAAACAGCUGAGAGCAGAGAAUGGACUACUCAUGACACCUUGCUACACAGCCAACUUCGUAGCCCCUGAGGUCCUGAAACGACAAGGUUAUGACGCAGCCUGUGACAUCUGGAGCUUAGGGAUCCUGUUGUACACCAUGUUGGCAGGAUUCACCCCUUUUGCAAAUGGACCAGAUGACACCCCAGAAGAGAUACUGGCCAGGAUUGGCAGCGGAAAAUAUGCACUUGCAGGAGGAAACUGGGAUUCAGUGUCCGAUGCUGCCAAGGAUAUUGUGUCCAAGAUGCUUCAUGUAGAUCCUCAUCAGCGCCUAACAGCAGUCCAGGUGCUAAGACACCCAUGGAUAGUGAACAGGGAAUAUCUAUCUCAAAAUCAACUCAGCAGACAGGAUGUUCACCUGGUGAAGGGUGCAAUGGCAGCCACAUACUUUGCUUUAAACAGAACACCUCAGGCACCAAGGCUGGAGCCUGUAUUAUCCUCCAAUCUGGCUCAGAGGAGGGGCAUGAAAAGACUUACCUCAACAAGGUUAUAGCAGACCCCAAAAAUGCCUCACUGAAACCCACAGUUUAUUAUUCAAGAGGUUCAUCUUUAUUACUCAGAUAACAGAACUUUGGACAACAUGCACAUGAAGUCACCAGAAUCAGCAGAAGUCCAGCAUAAGGCAAAGUUACCCUUUGCUGUUUUAUUUUUUACAUUUGGGCCAGGAUCCUGAAUCAGCAACUUCUCCAAGACGUGCCAAUUGCCCUAUUUCCUUAUUGACUUAAAGCCAAAUAAAAUAAGAUUCCCUCCCAACCCCAAGUACUAUUUUUGAAUCCUUAAGAUGUUCUGAGAUCACUUUUUUAAAAGCACUUUUCACAGUGAAAGCAAGCAGUUUGGUUUAAAAGUUUUCAACUGUGCCAGCAUCUGCAUCACGGUGAAUUGGCUCAACCAGUCAGCAGUAUACAUCUACUGAUCAUCAGCUGCACUGAAGCCCAUCUCAAAGGACUUGAAGGUUGGGGAGACAUGGUGCCAAAUACCAGAUUUAGAAAAAAAUCUGUACUAAGUGAAGGAGAAAGAGCUGUCACUGAUGAACGCAUCUCCUGAUUCUGAGAAAUCUUGUGAACUCUCCCACUCUCAUCUGAUGUUGAAUAAGGUAUGGAACAGUGACAGCCCCUCUAAGAGCAGAUGUCACGAGCCUUAAUAUAUCAAGGUUUGGCAGAGAACUCUGGGAACUGCAGUCUCCAAAAGGGAUUGUUAGGUCUCAUGUGAAUGAGGUCAGAUGUCUGGCCAAGACUAUACGAGUAGGAGCCUGUGGCUGAGAGAGGAGGUAUGCCCUAUGUUUGGCCUCUCCAUAGUAGCAGGCUUGAGAAAACAAGCUGAAGAUGGCUGGUGGAAUAGAGCCAGGAAAAGACCUGGGAAAGACCUACAGACAGCACACAGAAAGACCCCCAGGAGGGUUAUUGCCAGAAGGAAGUCGCUUGGACAAGAUAGUGGAGGGGGGGUGAUAAAGUCAGUUGAAACUCACAGUUAGGGUGGCAGGAUGUCCCCCUUUUUAUAACUGUGCCAACCAGACUAGUGGAUUAUUGAGCCCAGGAGAGGCUAAAUGGACUAUCAUUCUUGUUCUCCCAGGCCUUUUUCUGGGUCUAUUCCACCAGACUUCCUCAGUUUGUUUGCACAGGCCUGCUACUCUGGAGAGAUCAACCCUAAAGCAUAUCUCCAUCCACUGCCCUCCUUAUAUAGUCUUGGCUUGUCACCCGACACACACUCCCAUAGACAUGUGACACUCAAGAGUUCCUCCCUGGGAAAUGUACUCUCCAGGUUUCCUGCUUUUAAAGGGUCAAACCUUCUAUUAUGCCUGGGCUCACAGCACUCUCCCAUAAAGGAGCCACCUCAGUCUUACAAGGUAUUUAAAUAAUAUUAAUAAAGAAUACUGUGCUAUUGAGACAAAAAUCAACCAUACUCUGCUAUCUGGGUUUUCCAGGUGUAACGAGGCGGUUCUGGCGGGACCCAACUGAGAGUGCCGAUUCAGGACAAAUUGCUUAAAACAGGGCAGUUACAGCCCGAGGCUGGGGUUUUUCCACCUCUAAGGCAAACCCAACCAGCCAGACUAAGAGGACUUUGGUCUCACCCCACUGGCUAACCCCACGUCACACAAGCAAUUCCCUUAGACACUCCAGUUUCCCAGUAUCACCACCAGUGCCACUCAUUAUGGGGACAAAUGGUUAUGAAAACCAAUACCCCAAUAAAAGAAAAGUUCUCUCGAUCCCAAAGGACCAAGCCCCAGACCCAGGUCAAUAUACAAAUCAGAUCUUACCCACAAAUCACGCUGUUGCCAAUCCUUUAGAAUCUAAAAUCUAAAGGUUUAUUCAUAAAAGGAAAAAGAUAUAGAUGAGAGCUAGAAUUGGUUAAAUGGAAUCAAUUACAUGCAGUAAUGGCAAAGUUCUUGGUUCAGGCUUGUAGCAGUGAUAGCAUAAACUGCAGGUUCAAAAUCAUGUCUCUGGAAUACAUCCCCACCUGGGACGGGUCAUUCAGUCCUUUGUGUAGAGCUUCCAUUUGUAGCAAAGUCCCUCCAGAGGUAAGAAGCAGGAUUGAAGACCAGAUGGAGAUCAGGCAUCAGCCUUGUAUAGUCUUUUCCAGGUGUAAGAACACCUCUUUGUUCUUACUGUGGAAAAUUACAGCAAAAUGGAGUCUGGAGUCACAUGGGCCAGUCCCUGCAUACUUUGCUGAGUUGCAAGGCAUGUUUGCCUUCUCUCAAUGGAUCAAUUGUAUAGCUGAUGGUCUUUAGUGGGCCAUCAAGCAGGCUAGGCAAAGCUAACACCAACUUGUCUGGGAUGUUUUCCUGAAGCAUAGCAUAAGUUUGAAAUACAGACAGUAUAGAGCCAAUAUUCCUAACUUCAACUACAAAAUUGAUACAUACAUAUAGACAGCAUAAUUAUAACCAGCAAACCAUAACCUUGUCUUAGACACCUCAUUUGACCCCCUUUAUAUAAAAUUUGGUGCCACUACAGGACUUUGGUUGUAACCAUGUUCUAUAUGGUCCCAGAUUAUGUCAAUAACAUCACACCAGGUGUGGAGAAAGAAAACUUCACCAGAAAAGUCUUAGUAAAACAAAUCUUUUGCAUUUCCUGAUUUAAAAAAAAAAUAGGCAAAAUUUGUAAUACUGGACUUAAGACUUUUUUUUUAAUUCCCUUUCUUAUCCAUGUUGGCUUUUGAUGGUCACAAGUUGGCCAGGGUUGUUAUUUAUAGUGCUUUUGUUAAUUUGUUUUUCAAGUGAAUUUCAUCACCUCCCAUGCUUUGCGGAAGCAAACAAUAUAUUAUGUUGGCUUUUGUUUUCUGUUGCAAAAGGUAAAAAGAAAAAAAUGUGAACAUGGAGCUUUGUAUCCUAGAAGUGGUGUUUAUUUUGCUGUGCAUCUUGAUAGUAAACUGGAAUCAGCAGAUUCAGACUCUUUGCAGCAGUAUGUCCAGGGGAACAAGGAGUUGCAUUAACUACAGCAAUGUGCUUUCUAGGAUUACAUUUUCCAGUGUUGCUCUGAAUUUUGUUUGUAUUAGUCUAUUUUAAAAUUUAUAAUUAAUAAAUUAAACCAAUAUUUAAUGUUCUGUUUUAUGUGCUGUGCACACGGGACUGCAUCAAAGCAGCUCUCCUUUAAACUGUAUUUUUUUUUUUUUUAGAAUAAAACAAUGCUGUGAAUCAUCACAAGGUGAAUGAAUUGGCUCAAAUUUGUGUCCUUGUUCAUGUGUAUGUUUAUAUAAUAACACACACAUGGCCCUGAUGCUCUGGUCUGGCCAAGCUCUGCUUGGGACAGGACUGGGCAUAUAGGUUUUAUGUCCCCUUAUUAGAAGUCAGAGCAGCCCCAAACACCCAGUUCUUAACAGCCUCAAGGGGCUAGUCCAUCAGCUGGGGAUCACUGGGAAUGCCUCCUAGAAUAGGCAUAUGGGGGGGGCACAGA